UAGCGUGAAUGUGGAAGAUCUAGCAAUAACGGUUAAGCUUAAGGACUUUGCGUGGCUCAUUGGACGCAGCUUAACACGGUUCCCAGCUCAAGAUAGCGAUGGCGAGAUGACGCAAUCUCAGGUGCCUGUCUGGUCCGGGUAUAAUUCUCUAGUCUAUGAAACACAGCCCCUUACAAGAAUCGGAUCUCCGCCACUGAUAGCAGCCCCUGCCCACGAAUGGACUACAAUGCUUACCAUUCUCAUGCAGGCCCAAGGAAUCACUGCUCACGUCAUGGGUCCGGGCCGAAAAACGGUCGUAUCGUUGGACCUCGGCUUAUACCUACCCGCUAAAAAGCUCCAGAUGGCUCGUAAUGAUUUAAACCAUCUCAUUCUAAGGCCUGGCGAGCUCCAUAUUGUUAUGGCGCAACUUAGAACCCUAGGUUCAUUCAUCGAACACAGUGGAAUCGACUUGUGCUGGUCAGAGUCUGAUUUGUAUGGCCCAGCUACUGUCAAGCAAAUCCUGGCAGGGAAGCACGUAAAGAGAGGAGAGACAGCACAUUUGGUUACUCUUCAAGUCCUGUUUAUGCUCUACCAGAAGGCGUUCCUCUCUAGCCAAGAUGAAGAGUUGGUGAAGAAGAUUGACAAGUGUGCAAAGCAGCUAGGAAAGGCGUGUGAACAAGGAAAAAAUAGCGAGGUAAAAGAAGCUGAAGAUCAAAUGGUAGAAGUAAUGAAAUCUGAAGAUUUAGUUGGCAAAAUGGAACGAUUUGAAGAAGGGAAGAAUCCUGAGUUCAAGGUUUUCCGUUCCUACAUGAAGAUGAUUAUGGAGAUGUUGCUGUUUGUACGUGCUGUACGAACAGCGGACUGGCAGUUGCAUUUAAGAUCUUUGCAGUUGUUUACGAAGUAUUUCUUUGCGCACGACAAACUUAACUACGCCAGAAUGAUUCCCAUUUAUCUUGCCGAGAUGGAAAACCUUCCCGAGUCAGCUCCUGAAAUCUAUAAAGAGUUCGCCGAAGGCAACUGGGUUGUGAACAAGAACCGACACGUACCAUUUUGUGGACUUGGAGCAGAUCAUGCCCUGGAACACAUUAAUCGAUCCAUGAAGGUAUCAGGAGGCCUAGUAGGCAUCACUUUGAAUCCAAGUGCACGUACCAAAUUCUUCAUGAUUGCUCCAGAGCUCGCGCGUCUAGCAGAAGAGGCAAAGAAGAUGGCUGGCAGGGCAAAAACGAGAGGAGGCGCCAAACACCACGCUUUGACGGCUGCUGGGCUCUCUCGUGAAGAGAAGAACAUCACCAAGCUAUUGAAUACGAUAGAAGGAUUUACAAAUCCCUUUACCGAGCAAGGUGACAAGCUAUUCAAUCUUGUGACGAAAGUGGUUGCAUCGGAGAAGGUGAAGAAGGAUCUUAUAGAGCAAAGCGAGAUUGGCCAGAAGCUCUAUGAUGAUUUUGUUAGAGAUCGCAUCAUAACCGGAAAGAUCAACCUGUGGUCAAGUAUGAAGAAAAGAAAGUUGCAGACAUGGAAAGCGAUGACCAAGAAGAUUAAGAUUUCAACCUCGGCCGAGACCAUCGAACUGCAAGAAGAUAGAAACUUGUUUGCACGCAUGCUAAUCAUCUGUAAGAGCCGUCCAGAGAUCGACAUUCCAGAAGCUCCAAGAGUGCAUUGA